CUUCUUGCAUAAAUUUUUGCAUAAUUUAAGUGAGCUCUGCUGUUGAGUCUGGUUUUACUUAUGGAGAACCAGUUCUAAUCAUUGUGUAUUUAGGGAAAGUUUGUAUUAAGCUUACAAGAAAGGCAGGUCUUGAAAAGUGUCCCUUCUCUUAAGGAAAGAGCAUUGUACAAGUAAGCUGACAUUACUCAGCCUGGUUCUCAUCUUUAACAUGCCCCUGAUCCUAAGGCCUGGGCCCCGGGCUGAUGCACAUGCAUGUUGUCGUUGCAGCUGAGAAGGAUGAGUUCUUGCAGCAACAUCUGUGGGUCCAGGCAGGCUCAGGCUGCUGCCGAGGGUGGGUACCAGCGCUACGGAGUCCGGUCUUACCUGCACCAGUUUUAUGAGGACUGCACCACCUCGAUCUGGGAGUAUGAGGAUGAUUUCCAGAUCCAGAGAUCACCUAACAGGUGGAGCUCAGUAUUCUGGAAGGUCGGACUCAUCUCCGGUACAGUCUUUGUGGUUCUCGGACUGACUGUUCUGGCUGUGGGCUUUCUUGUGCCCCCCAAAAUCGAAGCCUUUGGCGAAGCGGAUUUUGUGGUGGUUGACACACACGCCGUCCAGUUUAAUGGAGCCCUUGACAUGUGCAAGCUGGCGGGAGCCGUGCUCUUCUGCAUCGGGGGCACGUCCAUGGCAGGCUGCCUGCUGAUGUCAGUGUUUGCCAAAAGCUACUCCAAAGAAGAAAAAUUCCUGCAGCAAAAGUUUAAAGAGCGAAUCGCAGACAUCAAGGCCCAUGCCCAGCCCAUUACAAAAGCUCCGGGCCCCGGGGAAACAAAGAUACCAGUCACUUUGUCCAGGGUUCAAAAUGUCCAGCCGGUAUUGGCAACCUGAACCAUUUCCCCCACCCUCUCCUCUCUAA